AUGAAAUCCAUCAUUACCUUGUUGGCCAUCCUCUCUGUGGCUAAUGCCCAGGUUUCCUCAUUCUGCACGCAAUACGGUUCCUACACAAGCGGCGCAUACUCAGUCAACAACAAUCUGUGGGGUGAAAGCGCCGGCUCCGGCUCCCAAUGCACAAAAGUAAACUCCAUCUCUAGCUCUGGAGUCUCUUGGUCCACGACCUGGACCUGGUCUGGAGGAUCUAGCUCAGUCAAGAGCUACGCCAACUCGGGUCUUUCUUUCAACAAGAAGCUCGUCAGUCAGGUCGGCAGUAUCCCGACUUCUGUGCAAUGGAGCUACGACAACACCAAUAUCAAUGCCGAUGUUUCAUACGAUCUAUUUACGGCGGCUGAUAUCAAUCAUGUCACCUACAGUGGUGACUACGAGCUCAUGAUCUGGCUAGCUCGUUAUGGUAGUAUUCAGCCCAUCGGCUCGCAAAUCGCCACUGCUACAAUCGACGGGAAUACCUGGGCGCUUUGGUACGGAUCAAAUGGCUCACAAAAAACAUACAGCUUUGUUGCAUCCUCGCCAAUUCAAUCUUUCACCACCGACAUUAUGCAUUUCUUCAACUAUUUGACUCAGAAUCAGGGUUUCCCUGCGAGCUCCCAAUACUUGAUUGACUUGCAAUUUGGCACAGAGCCCUUCACAGGUGGAUCUGCAACCCUGAGUGUUUCGAAUUGGUCGGCGAAUGUUCAAUAG